UAAGCGUACAGACGGCAGGUGCAGGACACGACUUUGGACCAUCAAUUUAGCGAGGGAAACUUUAAACUGAAAUAGGACCUCAUGGCUCCUAAAAGAAAAAGACAAAAGGAAAUUGGUAAAGUCCGAUUGAGAAAGGCGAAGAUUCCAAAGCUGUCUGAGAGUCUGGGGUAUAGCCACUGGUUAAUGAAGUCUGAGCCAGACAGUCGUAUUGAAAAUGGCAUCGAUGUUAAGUUUGGUUUGGAGGAUUUGAAGAAGGAGCCAAAUCAGACUGCAUGCUGGGAUGGUGUUCGAAAUUACCAGGCACGCAAUUUUAUGCGUGAUCAGAUGAAAAUUGGGCAUCAAGUUUUCUUUUAUCAUAGCAACUGUAAAGAACCAGGAAUUGCAGGCAUUUGUAAGAUUGUUAGAGAGAGUUAUUGUGAUCACACACAGUUUGAUAAAAAGAGUCCCCAUUAUGAUAGCACUUCAAAGAAAGACGACCCUCGCUGGUGCAUGGUUGAUGUACAGUAUGUACGUGAUCUGAAGAGAUACAUUCCACUCUCCGAGUUGAAGAUUCUGCAUCAUCAACAUAAAGAGACAGGGGGACCGCUGAACAAUAUUGCUCUCUUCACCAAGGCUAGACUCUCAGUCCAGCCCCUUACAGAAGAUGAGUGGAAUUUUGUGCUUGGCUUGGAAGAAAUUGUCAAGUGAAAUGAAGGCAAUUAAGUGACGUGUAGUGUAUACAAGGCACAGAAUACACACAUUUUGUGUUUGUGAAUAAACAAAAAACAAGGAAAACAAAUCGACUCUUAAUCUGCUCAGUUUGCAUGAGAUUUACCAAACAAAGACGUGUUUCCAUUAUAAGACAGUUUUGUAGGAUGUGAAUGUGGAUAAUGACAAUUUCCAACACAAACAAAAAUCUUAAUGAAAGAAAAUAUUUGAUAUUGUGUAUAAUUGCAAAAUAUUGGCUGCAUAUGAUGUCAUUUGUGUCAAAAAUAGAUUCUGUAACUCUGAAUCAUAAAUCACAAGUAUGACAUAGCCACUGAUUAAACAGUGCUGGGUGUCACCAAACAGCUGUAACAUGGUGUUUGGUACAGAGAGAUUUAAACAAAACUGUUUUAUGCAUUUUUAAUAUCUUCCAUAUUGAUGUUUUAAUUAAUAUGCAUAUUAUACAUGUACUUUCAUUAUUACUUUAUAUUCUGUAAUAUUGAUGUCACUUAUUUUGUGCUAUUAAAAAUGUAGACAAUUGUUUUUUGAAUUUUAUGAAA